AUGUCUAGCGACAGGAGUGUUUUGGAGAAACUGGAUGAAGCGAAUGUGAAGCCGUCGAAAACCAUGCUACCGGAGAAGGACGUUGGAUUCGAGCGAGUCUUGGGAAUGGCGUGGAUACAAGAGAAGGACGAAUUUGUAUUUUCGUUGAACUUUUGCGAGAAGGUGCGAAUCUUGCUGGACGGCGACGCAAUACCAACGAAAAGAGAAAUGCUGCGUCUGGUUAUGAGCCUCUACGAUCCUCUGGGUUUAGUGGCGUCCUUUGUCAUCCAUGGGAAAAUCUUAAUCCAAGAAGUUUGGCGCACAGAGACGGACUGGGACAGCAACAUUCCAGGAGAGAUCGCUACACGCUGGAUGGAAUGGUUGACUGUUCUGAAAAGCAUGACUGGGUUGCGUAUACCUCGAUGCUAUUUUUCAGGAUACGAUCCGAGCAGCUACAACAAUCUUGAGCUGCAUGUGUUCGUGGACGCAAGCGCUCAGGCUUACGCAGCAGUCGCAUAUUUCCGCAUCGUGGAUCGAGGACAGAUCAGGGUUGCGCUUGUUUCGUCGAAAACGAAGGUUGCACCACUCCGAGGACUUUCGAUUCCACGAUUAGAGUUGAUGGCCGCAUUGCUUGGAGCUCGCUUACGGAGAACGAUCGAAGACAACCAUAGGCUGAAGGUGACAAAAACAUGUUUCUGGAGUGACUCAUCGACGGUUUGCUCGUGGAUCAAGUCGGACACUCGUCGGUAUCGCCAGUUUGUGGCAUUCCGAGUCGACGAAAUAUUGAGCCUUUCGAACAUCGAUGAAUGGAAAUGGAUUUCGACUAAGAUCAACGUAGCAGAUGAGGCAACGAAAUGGGGAAAAGGUCCUUCUUGCAACGUAGACAGCCGAUGGUUUCGGGGCCCAGAUUUUCUGUACGAACGCGAGGAAGGAUGGCCGAUGAGACCCGAAGAAGAAGAACGUGUGGAUGAAAGCGACGAAGAACUACGAGCGGCGGUCGUUUGCAGUCAUCUAGUCAUGCAACCGGUGAUUGACGCAGAAAGAUUUUCAAAAUUUGAACGGUUACGGAAUAGCACGGCAUACGUUUACCACUUCACUAACAAUCUGCGUACCACAAGAAUGGAUUCACCUGGUACGAUUGGUGUGACCAGCAAGGAACUACAGAUGGCCGAAAACUUGUUGUGGCGGAUAGCACAAUCCGAAGCGUUUCCUGAAGAAGUAGCAAUUUUGAAGCGGGAACAGGAUGAUAAGAAUUCGUCAAGGAAGCAACUACCUACAUCAAGCGGACUUGUGAAGCUUUCGCCAUUCGUGGAUGAUCACGGAGUACUUCGAGUGGAGAGUAGAGCAACAGAUGCGCAAGUAUUAGCCUACGAUACGAAGUUUCCAAUCAUCCUGCCAAGGAAACAUCGUAUUACGGAGUUGCUGCUGGACUUCUAUCAUCGCAAAUACGGUCAUGCCAACGACGAGACCGUAGUCAACGAGGUGCGACAGAAAUUCCACGUUUCACGCUUGCGGGUGGAGGUGCGUCUGAUCAGAAAACGCUGCAUGUGGUGCCGUGUGUACAAAGCAACACCAGUUGCUCCUAAAAUGGGACCCCUUCCGGCGGUGCGAUUGGAACCGUUCGUGCGCCCGUUCACCUACGUGGGCGUGGACAUCUUCGGUCCGUAUUCAGUGAAGGUCGGACGAAGCACGGUAAAGCGGUGGGUUUGCCUAUUCACUUGCCUUACAAUUAGAGCCGUUCAUCUGGAGCUAGUUGCCAGUUUGACCACCGAUGCCUGCAAGAAGGCGAUUCGUCGAUUCAUCGCGCGACGUGGUUCUCCUCAGGAAAUAUAUUCCGACAACGGGACAAACUUCGUGGGAGCUAGUCGAGAACUGCAGGAGGAAACCAGCAGAAUUCACACUGAAUUGGGCAGCACCUUCACAAAUGCCCAGACUCAGUGGAAGUUCAAUCCUCCAGCCGCGCCUCACAUGGGGGGUUGCUGGGAGAGAAUGGUUCGAGCCGUGAAAUCUGCACUUGGAUCCAUUCCUGUCAUGCGGAAACUGGAUGACGAAUCAUUCGCAACGGUGCUGGCGGAAGCGGAAAGCAUGGUGAACUCGAGGCCGUUGACGUUCAUCCCGUUGGAGACGGCCGACCAGGAAUCCUUAACGCCAAACCAUUUCCUAUUGCUCAGUUCGAACGGCGUACGGGAACCGGAGAAAUUUCCUACGGACGAAGGCAAGGCAUUGCGGAGUAGUUGGAACCAGGUGAAGCACACCCUGGACAACUUCUGGCGUCGUUGGGUGGUGGAAUAUCUGCCGACUAUUAUACGACGGACAAAAUGGUUCCAGGAUGUACGACCGAUCACCAUCGGGGACUUGGUACUAGUGGUGGACGAGAAUAUCCGGAAUCGGUGGUUGCGAGGACGAGUGAUCGUCACGGUUCCAGGAAAAGACGGAGUGGCGCGUCGAGCAGAAGUGCAGACCUCAGCAGGGAUCUUGAAGAGACCAUGUACGAAGUUGGCUGUGCUGGACGUAGAAGGAUCUGGUGACGCCCAACCGGAAGCUAAGGCGACACACGGGGGAGGAUGUUCUCCGCACAGCCCACUGUCGGUAACUCAUGCGCCACAAUACAUCCAACGGGCGAUACGGGAGGCACCAUCAGUCAACAACGAUGACGGGCAAAAUUGA